GGACGCAGGGUUCGUUUUGAGGUCGAUCGGAUCGGAUUCAAUCUUCCGAUUCGGAUUACCGAUUACAGAUUUUUAAAACCCUAGUACCAGUCCACAACAGAAGCAUGUGAAGUGUUUGUUUUGCGAAGUGGCUUUCGGAUUCUCUCUCUCUCUCUACCACCGCUCUUUCGCGAGUCACGGCUCUCCCCUCUGCCACCCGGUGCUUUAUCGCCCGAACCCUCAUCGUCUACGGAUUCUGUGUUGGAAGGGCGCCGGAAUUGACGAUCUAUUCGAUUCUAUAGAUCAAAGGGGUUUUCGGCCUAUCUACCUCUUCUCAGGAGAGAGGCCAAAGCCUAGGAGAAGCCUGAGUUUGGUAAGCAUCUAGAUGGGGAUGCAGUUACACCAGUGAGUUUCAUCUCUGAGGAGGAGGACCAAAGUCGGACAGUAGAGAGAACUCGACGUUCGAUCCUACGGCAGGACCCGCUACCCUCUACCUAGAACUUUGGCGCCGCGCGGCUCCUCCCUCUUUCGACUAUGGCUGGCCCUGGUUAAGGACAAGGGAUUUCAAAAUUGAAACAUAAUCUUCCAUCGGCGGCAGUUAAACUCUCACGCAACAUGGCGGAAGCAGAUCUUCAAACCCUUCGUGGGUUUGAACUCCGUCUACUUCGCUGUUCUAUGUUGCUUGCGCCUGUUCGAAACAAUGAUUCUCUAUACCCCACGGUUGAUAGAAAAGGGAAUCCUCUCUAUCGAUUAAUUGAAGAAGUUAUUAUUUUGAUCGAAAGUAGGGAUUACAUCGGGGCUUUAUCCUCGGACGCAGUGCGUCUCGUGUUUGGAUUUGCCGACUCUUGGGAUUUUGAAGACAGUAUUGAUUCCGCGGAACGGUUCUACCAGGAGGUGGAAAAGAGCAUUCAAUCGUUUUUGGCCGAUGUCACUGAAGAUGAUCUCAAUCAGUCUUGCAGGGCGGUUCUUCUGAUGUGUAUUGGUGUUGCGGCGCUUCUGGCAUUUACUCAGACCAAUGUGACUGGACCAGUUGAAGAGUUUCCUUCUUUUCCUGUGCUUACCCCACGGUUCAAACAAGAUCACUCUACUUCCAGGAGAGUCCAGUGGGAUAUUUGGGCUCGUAAUCAGCUCAUGUCUGUGGGUUCAGAUUUGCUUGGAAAAAUAUCAGUCAUUCAGUAUAUUGUUUAUGCCAAGAUGUUGCUCAUGAAGACGAAAGACUUCUAUCUAGAGGGAAAAGAUAUUGCCAAAUGUGGGGUUAAAACCAUUUCCUGGUGGUUAGCUAGAACCAUUUAUACUGAACAGAGGAUUUUAGAGGAAAGGUCUUCGUCUUUGUACGAUCUGUUGCAAGUGAUGAUGGGUGAAACUUUACAUUAUUUUGGUGAUGUGCGAAAAGUUACAAGUUAUUGGGGUACGGAGUUGCAGGAGGGAGAAGCUUCAACAAUCGUUUCUUUGUGUUAUUUGGAAGGGGGUAUAAUAGAGUACACUUAUGGUCGAGUUGAUUCUUGUAGGUUACAUUUCACUUCUGCUGAAGAAGCUUGUGGGCUUGAGCUUUCUGUCACUGGAGUUCUUGGAUUCCGGACAAUGCAUCAGGUUGGAGCGAAGGCUCAAAUGGUUCUUGUUACAAACACAAGAACUCCUAAAGAUGGGGAUAUUGAUGUUUCCUCCAAAAUAAGGCCUGAGCUGCUGAAAUCUGUUUCUAGUUUCAGUGAUGAAUGUAAAUCUAGUGUGAAUUCUCGUGAAAGGCAUGAAUCUUCUGAUGUAUUCAUUACUCCACUCCUCUUGGAGAAUGAGGAAGACAAGUCCAAUUCAAAUGGCAUUCACAUUGGUGGAAGUGGGACAUUUAGUGUGUCCUUGGAGCCUAUCCAACAGGCAGUGGUUCUAGCGCAAUGCCUUCUAAUUGAGAAGAGCACUCGUGAUGAUGAAAUGCAAGGAUGGCAGAUGGCUCCAUUUAUAGAGGCUAUUGAUGCUCAAGAGUAUUCAUACUCUAUUAUUCGGUUCUUAUGUGACAUCUUACGUAUUCGAUGGGAGUCUAAACGUAGUCGCACAAAGGAACGUGCUUUGGCUAUGAUGGAUGAACUGGUGAAAGGUCUCUAUCAACAGCCUUCUACUGGGGCUCUUGCUCUACAGAGGAUUCAGUUUUCUUUUGGAGUUUAUGUGCCCACUAUUGCUGCAUUGCGGAAAGAAUACAGUGAACUUCUUGUGAGUCAUGGAUUUAUUGGGGAGGCAAUUAAGAUUUUUGAGGACCUUGAAAUGUGGGAUAAUCUAAUCUAUUGCUAUUGCCUACUAGAGAAGAAGGCAGCUGCUGUUGAACUAAUCAAGGCACGGCUAUCUGAAACGCCUGAUGUGCCAAGGUUAUGGUGUUCAUUAGGGGAUGUCACUGUUAAUGAUGCUUGCUAUGAAAAGGCAUUAGAAGUUUCAAAUGGCCGGUUUGCUCGUGCUAAGCGAUCUCUUGCUCGUAGUGCAUACAAUAGAGGGGACUACGAGACAUCGAAAAUCCUUUGGGAAUCUGCAAUGUCCAUGAAUUCUCUGUAUCCUGAUGGCUGGUUUGCACUUGGUGCUGCUGCUUUGAAAGCUCGAGAUAUAGAUAAAGCUUUGGAUGGGUUUACUCGAGCUGUUCAACUUGAGCCUGAAAAUGGGGAGGCUUGGAAUAACAUUGGUUGUUUGCAUAUGAUCAAGAAGAAGAGUAAAGAGGCUUUCAUUGCCUUUAAGGAAGCACUGAAAUUCAGGAGGAAUAGCUGGCAGUUGUGGGAGAACUAUAGCCAAGUUGCCAUGGACAUUGGCAAUUUUGGGCAGGCACUGGAGGCUACAAAGAUGGUGGUAGAUAUGACCCGCAAUAAAAGAACUGAUUUCACAUUAUUGGAGAAGAUAAUGGAGGAGAUAGAAGCUAGGAGCUCAAGAUGUGACCAACUUGGUACAGAAAGAUCACAUGAAACUGAGCACUUGACAGAGUUGCUUGGAAAAGUUAUUCAGCAGAUAGUUCGCACUGGUGGGCGAGAUGAGUUUUGGGGUUUAUAUGCAAGGUGGUACAAAAUCAAAGGGGACCUCACGUUGUGCUCUGAAGCCCUUCUGAAGCAUGUUAGAUCAUACCAAGGAGCUGAUUUGUGGAAUAAUAUAGAUCGAUUUAAGAAAUUUGCGGAUGCUUCAUUACAGCUUUGCAAGGUUUACAUGGAAAUUUCAUCAUCUACCAAAAGCCGGCGAGAACUUGUUACAGCUGAGAUGCAUCUGAGAAACACAGUAAAGCAGGGUGUGAACUUCUCAAACACAACUGAAUUUACAGAUCUUGAGGCUUUGCUUAUUGAAGUGAGGAAGCAACUCGAGGCUUUUUGAUGGGACUUUAAGCAUGAUUUGUACAAGGAAACAUAGGGUAUGAUAUAUGUUGGUUACAUGUCAGUAGCUUUGACACACCAGUUACUUUGGUUUGUAGGUGACAUAAGGAGUAUGAGAAGUGUGGAGUUUUACUUACGGAGUUAGCUAGGUUGGUAAAAGACCUGAGAAGAAGGGAAGAGCGGGGAUUUAAUCAUGGGAUGAGGGUUUUGUAAGAGGUAGUUAGUUUAAAUUGUAUUUGGUUUUAGUUGGAGUUCUUUAGGUAUUUAUACAUCUAUUAUCUAAUGAAUAGAAGAGGACAAGUUCUGAGAAUGUCAUUUAAGGUUGUUUGGACAUAUCCAACGAAGGUCUCAGGAUGCUCUAGUGCGGAAGUGUGAUCAGAUCUAGAUGGAUAGAGCUAAAAGGGCUAGGGGCAAACCUCAGAUGACUAUUGAUGAGUUGGUAAGGAAAGCCAUGCAGAGACUAAGCCCUGAUCCUAAUAUGCUGUCAACCAAAAGUGUUUGGAGGACAAAGACCUGUAUUACGGAUUGUUUGUAGUUAGGAUGUCCUGGAGGUGUUGUUUUACUUUUUUUCCCUUUAUUUUAUUUUUGUCUUCCUCUUUCUUGGAUUCAUGUACCCCCUUGAUUUGGGAAUAAGGCUGAGUUGUUCUAUCUAAUGAAUAGACAAUGAUAUGUUUGAUCA